UACCAAUGUGGAUUGCAACAUAUUUGGAAAACUUUUAUUAUGACUUACACUGGCCUACAUCAUCUGUGGUUGUUUGAUUACCGGUGAUAUCAUUUAUGGCCGCUCGACCGAGAAGUGUGUCAGAUAGUUCGAAAACUGAUCAGUUACAUUGGUCUGCUAUUGGUUUAGAAACCAAUCAGGAUGGUUAUAUCCAACUGAAGUCCGUCACUGGACGAGCGGCGAGGAAACGACAACAGGAAGAUCUUGUAAAAGAUGCCAAAGUAUUUAUUCCUGAUGCUGAAUUUUUCACUCCAAUGAAGAAGCCGAAAAAAUCUGAAUGGCUAGCAGAACACAAAACAGAGGCACAAUCUUUUAAAAGAUUUCUGCAAGGGGCAGCCAAGUACCCCACACCGAAACGCAAUGUGAUUUAUCUUCUGCCGUUGCAAUUUGAUGAGACAGUUGUUCCAGCUGAUAUUUUAGAUCCUUUAAAGCAGUUUGCGUCCAUAUUUUUUGGAAUUAAGCUGAAAGUCAUGAAAGUAAGAAAUUUAAAAGGAAAAGUUCCUGAUCGAUUUAAUAAUAACUCUAAUACUUAUCAAGUUGACGCAGGUCAAGUUCUUAAGGAAAUGACAACGCUUGUUCCAGAUGAUGCUUUCUGUGUCGCAGGAAUAACAAUGUGUGAUCUGUAUCCUAAAGACUCUUGGAACUUUGUGUUUGGUUUGGCACAAUCACAAUCAGGAUGUGGUGUCUACUCUCUAGCUCGCUACCUGUCAAACUUUGGAAAUCAACCUACAAGUGUCUACAACCCGGAAAGAGAGAAGGGAAGUAACUCCUUAAUGAAGCGUGCCUGUAAAACCAUGUGUCACGAAAUCGGCCACAUGUUCGGUCUUCCGCACUGUGUGUAUUUCUCCUGCAUCAUGAAUGGAUCCAAUCAUCUGGAGGAGUCGGACGAGCGUUCUAUAUUCCUGUGUCCGGUCUGUCUCAGGAAGCUCCAUUUUAUCUGCCAGUUUGACAUCAUUGAACGGUACAAGUUGAUGGCUGAGUUUUGGUCAGGGCUAGGCUACAAGGAGGAAUCUGCUUGGCUGAACAAGAGACUAGAAUUUUUAGCAUAAAAGUCUGAUCCUAUGUAUUUUUA